CCCCGCUUCCUGCGUGACGUCAUCCCUCCGCGCCGCUCGGCAUUGCGCGUUGCCAUGGAGGCCUCCGUGCUGCGUGUGAAGAGGAAGCGCGGAGCGGACCCGGCGGAGGCGCUGGUGAUCAGCUGUAAGAGGCUCCGCGUGGAGCAGGAGGAGGCGGCGGAGCCCGGGCCGGUGGUCACCACCCAAGUGUUCAGACUCGCAGCCACCGUCAGCUCGCAGAAUGAGCCCCUCCAAAAGUACAUCAAUGAAGCACUUUCCCGUGACCGUGCCUGUCAAGCCUUGCACCCUUCCAGUGGAAGCAAGCAGAGAAUCCAAGAAGAGCUACGGACGUGGAAGCACGUUAAACGUCAAAACAGCAGAUACCGAGUAGUCUCAAGUCUCAGGCCCACACUUACAGAGGCAGAAGUAUUUUCAGAUGAAUCAGACCAACCUACCAGCCCUGACAGUCCCCCGUUAAGCACUCAAUCAAGAACGGAAGCUUCAGUUUGUGCGACAGGACAUACAGAGACCAACAGCAACUUCCAGUUGUUUGAUAUGGUCCAAGAGGAACCAGAAACACCACCCGAGGAGUUAAAGCAAGACAGCGAUCCGGAAACCAUCGUAUGUAACUCUAUGAGGAUGAUCAGGGAGAAGCUUACUGUAUCCGACCAAGGCCUGGAGCAUCGGGAGAACAACGAGGAGUUUGUGUAUGACAUUUAUUAUGCCGAGGCCUCUCCUCACAACUGGAUCCAGGACAUCCUUUCUGUCCAGCCGUACACUCAGGAGCAAGAACUGGUUGCUGAUGAUAUUGAACCAGAGGAGAUUUACGAGGAUGAAGACGAUGAAAAUGAAGAGAGUAACUGGAGGAAUGACUAUCCCGAUGAAGAGGACAGCGACCAGGAAGAGAGAUAUCAAGGUUACUAUGAAGAAAGUGAAGAGGAGAACGAUGGAUGGAGCGCUUAUCGUAAAAAGAAACUUAGUUUUCUGGAGGGGGAUGAUGACGGCGAAGAUGGGGACUAACAUCGCCUCAUAAGAGGUUAAAGAGUGAUGAAUAGCAUUUAUAGAGGGUAUCUCUCUUUGCAGAUCUUGGAGAAAUGUUCUAAUUACUAAGAACACAUAUAUUCAAAUUAUUAUUUUUCCUCUAAUUUCGACAUUUUGGUAAAACAAACUCUUUAGAACCCCCUGGAAUGCAGUCUUUCAGUAAGGCAUGGAUCAGUAUUUGCCAUGUAUUAGCAACAACCAAAAAUAUCUAUAUGAAUUGUGCACUGCCUUCUUUAAAAUGACUAGAUUGUGUUCUCGCAUGUGGAAUAGUACCAGGUCUAUCUCAGAGCUUCUGGGUUUGACCACUGGGUUCUGGUUGAACAAACUAUUGCUUUUGGUAAGUGGAGUGGUGUGCGGCUCCACUCAUAGUAGAGGUAAACCGUUCAGAACUUUCUGAGGUGGUCAUGCCCUUUAUUUAUCGGUGGUAUUUCUCCUUUUGCAUAUACUGCCUAAUACUGUCAAAGUUGUUGGAAGUUUUUUUUUGCCAUAGUGAAAGGGCUCUAGAUAUUUAAUAAUAAAUAAUUUUUC